AUGCUUAUUUUCAUUCUUCUAACUAUUUUAUAUCCUCAGGCUGAUACAUACAAUUUACCAAACUCUCCAGCUUGUGCCGGAUUGAAUGAAACUCCUAAGGUGCAUGAUAUAAAAUGCAGAGAAGAACAAGUCCGUAGUUCCUGCUACAGCGGUCCUGUUAUCAGUUCUCUUCGUAAAGAUAAGUACUUUCAAUCCAAGAGUGACACCUUGAAUGGUCAAAAUGUAACGCCUACCUCAGCGCCAAGAAUACCUAAGCCUUUGUACUCUCCACAUCCCGCAGCUGUACGUUCUGUGAAGAAGUUGAAGGACUCAUCUUUUUCUACUUCAUCGUUGAUAUCGUCACGGAGUAAUAAGAGCGUUAAUAAUACCCCAACCACGAAUGAAGUUAAUCCAAAAAAGAAAAAUGGAUUACCUGCUCUUCCUGUACGAUCAUCACCGAGAUUGAAGAAAAUGGCUUUGUCUAGUAGCGCUAUACCAGUAACUGCAUUGAUAACACCAUCACAACUUCGAAGGCAAGAAAUUUUUGAGCAAUUGACCGAGUUCGCUCUACCUACGAAGGCCAGAAGCAUGAGUUGUAUCUCUUUGCAUGCAUGCAUUCCCCCUCAAAACAAAAAGCAUGAAAACCCAGAACACAGCGCACCAAGAGUUUCUUCACGCACAGAACUGUUUCAUUCUGAAUUACCAAAAAAACGAAAGCUUCCAGAAUAUGACGGAACUCCCGUUUUACCGAAGUUGUCUAAAAAAUCGUCGACGACAAGUUUGAGGAUGUCUGGAAAAAGCAUGGUUGAUAUGAGAAAAGCUGCUCUACCUGUCUAUGUUCCACCGACUGAACUAGUGAUCAACAAUAUAACUCCUGUGAAACCCAAACUUCCUAGAAAACCAUCUACUUCACGGCUCACAAAAAAAGCGUUGGUCUGCUCUCCUGUACCUAGAACUCUCCGAAAUGUAGCUUCGUCCCCAAACAUUGCAAUCUCUAACACUGGUGAAGCAUUCAAAAUGUUUAAAAAGGCUGAGAACACAUUUAGAAGUUCACCUGCUUCUCGGCCGGCUGUUCCAUCAACAAAUGCCCUUUCGAGAGCCGAAAUGGAGAAGCCUGCUGAACCUGUUGAUGAUUUUGCUGUUUUUCACAACGGCCGAGAUGAUGAAUCGGAAGGCUACGAAAGUGCAUCCGAAGAGUUGCCGAAAACCGAUGUUGAUCCUCAGAAAUUAUUAGAAGACGAUAAGUAUUUGACGACAUCUGAACCAUUACGAAUGGAUUCUCUUGAAUCUGAUUAUUACUCUGUGAGCUCACAUGGUCCUACACCUGCGAGUUCGAUAAGCACAGGGAGAACGAAAUUCGAUGGAGUCAAAUUCAAAGAUUUGAAUGUAUAUUAUUUUGAGCGUGAUCUCGGUUGCACAACAGUUCCAGAGAACGGCGAGUUCAGCUUGGGCAUGAAAACCGAACACUUCACCACCAGAAAGUUUUCCUUAAUUUCUCCUAGAAAGCCUAAUGUGACACUGUUGAGUGUAGAGGAAGAGCCGGAAGAAGAUGAAGUUCUGCCUGAAGAAGAUGAUUGCUCGAUGUAUAGAUUGAAUAGAAUAGAAGCAAAACAGAGAGUUAACAUGCUGAAAAGACUUGGUGUGCAAUUGGAAAAAUGUGGUCUCGAAGAUAUUCGAAAAUCUCGGAAAGUUGUUGGUUGUAGCUGUGUAGAUGGCAUAUGCAUACCCGAGACAUGCGAAUGUAGCAAGAAUGGCAUACAUUGUCAAGUUGAUGGAACCAGUGAAGAUGGUCGGACGACUACUCCGUGCACUUGUGAUCAUGGAGAUAAGUGUGAUAACCCAAAUGGUAGAAGUGAGUUUCGGCGAGAUGUUGUGCAACGGCACUACUCCCUAACUUUCCAGCGCAUAAAAGAUAUGGAACGAACGGGAAAUUUCUCUUCUCCAAAAGUUACAAAAUUCAAUGAGGAGAAAGAACGGAUAGCACCCGCUCUUUACUUCGAUUCGAUUGUACGAAAAGCAAGCUAUUCUAGUCCAUCAUCACCUGCUAUUUCCUUCGAUGACGAAUCGUCCAAACGGUUUCCAACUAUGCCGUCUUUGUUAUAA